UUUUGUUUUGUGUUUAUUGUUUUAUGAAAAUUGAUAAUUUUCUUACGAUAGAACAUUAUUGUAGGUAUUAAAGUGUUUGUGAAGUACUUUGUGCGUGCUCAGAAUAUAAAACAACAUGAGUUCUCCAAUUCCUGAUACCCCGUCUGACCGAGAUGGGGCAAGAUCUCGUAUGACAUCUCCAGCACGAGAUUAUGAGAUGUUUGAAGAUGAAAGUGCUAUCCUCGGAGACAAUGCUGAAGAGGAAGAUGAUGGGGAGGAGCUAUUUAACGAUAAUAUGGAGGCGGAUUACCGACCUAUGCCAGCAUUGGAUCGAUAUGAUGCAGAAGAUCUUGACGAUGACGACUAUGAUGCUAUGUCCAUUGGUGACCGAGUGGCUGCCGAGAGAGAGUUACAGAGAAGGGACAGAGAUGAAGGCAGAGUGAGAAGAGAUGAUAGAGAUCUACUUUAUGACCAAUCGGACGAUGAUGGUGAUGCCCCCCGCGCUAAACGUCGCCGAGCAGCCGAGAAGGCAGCGGCGGGAGAACAGACAGAAGAAGGGAUAGAGAGUAUCGAAAAUCUAGAAGAUACGAAGGGCUACAGCACUAAGGAGUGGGUGUCUAUGCUGGGGCCGAGAACGGAGAUUGCUAAUAGGUUCAAAAACUUCCUCCGCACAUACACCAACAGCAAGAACCAAUACGUCUACAAAGAGCGAAUACGUCGCAUGUGCGAACACAAUCAAGCGUCGUUCCACGUCGAAUUCGACGUGUUGGCUCGUCGGGAACAAGUUUUAGCUUACUUCCUCCCCGAAGCACCAUUCCAAAUGCUCCAAAUAUUCGAUGAAGUAGCCAAAGAGAUUGUCCUACAAAUAUUCCCUAGUUACGAGCGAGUUACAUCAGAAAUCCAUGUUAGAAUCUCAGAUUUACCGUUGAUUGAGGAGUUGAGAACCUUCCGGAAACUCCAUUUGAAUCAACUGGUGCGGACUGUUGGUGUUAUAACCGCUACCACUGGGGUGUUACCGCAAUUGUCUGUUGUGAAGUAUGACUGUAAUAGGUGCGGAUACAUCCUUGGUCCGUUUGUUCAGUCCCAGAAUUCGGAGGUGAAACCGGGCUCGUGUCCCGAGUGUCAGAGCUCUGGGCCGUUUAUGGUGAACAUGGAACAAACAGUGUACCGGAACUAUCAGAAGGUGACGAUACAGGAGUCCCCGGGCCGCAUACCUGCAGGCAGGAUCCCCCGUAGCAAGGAGUGCAUCCUGCUCGCAGACUUGUGUGACAGGUGCAAGCCGGGUGACGAAGUGGACCUGACGGGAAUUUACACGAAUAACUAUGAUGGAUCUUUGAAUACUGAACAGGGUUUCCCAGUAUUUGCAACAGUGAUCAUAGCCAACUACAUAGUAGUGAAGGACUGUAAGCACAUAGUGGAAUCACUCACAGACGAAGAUAUAGCCAACAUUAUAAAGCUAUCGAAGGACCCGCAGAUCGGAGAAAAAAUCAUACAGAGCAUAGCUCCAUCUAUAUACGGACAUGAUUAUAUUAAGAGAGGCUUAGCGCUCGCUUUGUUUGGCGGUGAACCUAAAAAUCCAGGUGAUAAACACAAGUUGCGAGGAGAUAUCAAUGUAUUAAUCUGUGGUGAUCCCGGCACAGCCAAAUCACAGUUUUUGAAGUAUAUUGAAAAGAUCGCACCCAGAGCGGUAUUCACAACUGGGCAGGGCGCCAGUGCGGUCGGUCUCACAGCUUACGUACGGAAAAAUCCCACAACAAGGGACUGGACGUUAGAAGCUGGCGCUUUAGUCCUGGCCGACCGGGGCGUGUGCAUGAUUGAUGAGUUUGACAAGAUGAACGACCAGGACCGCACGUCGAUACACGAGGCCAUGGAGCAGCAGUCGAUAUCGAUAUCCAAGGCCGGCAUCGUCACGUCGCUACACGCUAGGUGUUCAGUAAUAGCAGCGGCCAAUCCGAUCGGCGGUCGGUACGACGCGUCGCUGACGUUCUCUGAGAACGUGAACUUAUCGGAGCCGAUAUUGUCGCGAUUCGACAUUCUGUGCGUCGUGCGCGAUGAAGCGGAUCCGAUGAGAGACGCGCAUCUCGCCAAGUUCGUAGUGAGUUCGCACAUAAAACAUCACCCUACGCAGCGCGGGGCAGCCCUGGACGAAGACUCGAACGAAGAUGUGGGGUUACCGCAGGAUCUGCUGAAGAAAUAUAUUGUAUACGCUAAAGAAAAUGUGCACCCUAAGCUACAGAAUAUGGACCAAGACAAGGUGGCGAAGAUGUACAGUCAGCUGCGACAGGAGUCCCUCGCCACGGGCAGCUUGCCAAUCACCGUGCGGCAUAUUGAGUCAGUGAUCCGCAUGAGCGAGGCGCACGCACGCAUGCAUCUCCGCUCGCAGGUGAACGAGGACGACGUGAACCUCGCCAUCCGCACCAUGCUCGAGAGCUUCGUAGACACGCAGAAGUAUAGUGUCAUGCGGGCCAUGCGACAGACAUUCCAAAAGUACCUAUCAUACAAGAGAGAUCACAGCGAGCUGCUGUACUACAUUCUUCGUCAACUCACCAUGGACCAGCUAGCGUACAUGCGUGGUCUGCACAACCACUCACAGUCCACGAUAGAGAUCUCCGAGAGAGACCUCAUCGAGCGAGCCAGGCAAAUCAACAUCACAGACCUCAAGCCCUUCUACGACAGCAGAAUCUUCAAACUCAACAGCUUUACCUACGAUGCUAAAAGGAAAAUCAUUGUGCAUACUCUUCCCGAAGUGCCGACUGAGUCGUAAUUGAUGAAAAAAAAAUUUACAUCAUAUUGUUGUCUAUUUUAGUUUUAGUGUUGUCGGAUUUUCCUAAUUUCAUGUCCACCAGCAGCAGCAUGGUCACUAUAGAAACGGUUUCUUUCUACGGAAGAAUAGACAGUGAUAGUUAGA